UUAGUGCCAGAAUGGGGGCUCUUCCAGGUUUGGAGCAGACAGGAAUAGUGGGCAGCCGUGACGGUGUGUGGCUGACCACAGCUGGCCUCUCAUCAGAUUCCAGAUGGGGCAGCUGAAGCUCUACCAGAUGUCAUACAUAUCUGGUUCAUCCCACUUGGUGUGCUAGCCAAGGUCCUUAGUGCUUGGGACCCUUGCUCCCCUCGUAGGCUUCAUGUGAGAGCCUACUACUCUCUGUCCCGCGGCUCUGGAUAAAUCUGAGCAAGAAGCAGUUCAGAGCCAAGACUGUGAAGUUUUGGAAGGGGGGAAGGUGGACACAGAAACUGUUUAAAAGGUCUGAUCCAAAUAAAAUUAUAGGGAGUCUGGGGUGAGUGAGAAAUUUAUAUUCUGUCAUACAUUUUAGGCUGUUUGAAUUUUUUAGUAACUGUAAAUAGUAUAUACAUUUUAAAAAAUUCUUUUUUUUUUUAGAUUAUAAUAUAAAGUAGUAAUACAUUUUUAAAAAAUUGUGUGUGUGCCAGGCAGUGGUGGCGCACUCCUUUAAUCCCUGAACUCAGGAGACAGAGGCAGAGGGAUCUCUGUGAGUUCGAGGCCAGCCUGGUCUACAGAGUGAGUUCCAGAACACCCAAAGCUACACAGAGAAACCCUGUCUUGAAAAAAAAAAAAUGUGUGUGCCCAUGCAGUUGUGUAUGCAUACAUGUGUGUGUUCACAUGAAGGUGUGUGUGUACAUGUGCAGGUGUGUGUGUUCAUGUGUAUGGGGUGCACAUGUGUGUGGAAGCAAAGGCCAGCUUUGCCUAUCAUUUCUCAAAAGACAUGUUCUUUUGAGACAGUCUCUUACUAGGACUUGGGGCUGGCCUGUGAGUCACCGGGAUCCUCUUGUCUCUGCCUCCCUAGUGCUGAAUUGUAAAUGUAUGCCACUACGCCCAGCUGGCAUUGCACGCGUAUGGGUGUUUGGCUUGUGUGUAUGUAUGUCUGUGUACCAUGUGUGUACAGUGCCUCUAGAAGCCAGAAGAAGGAAUCUGAUCCCCUGAAACAGCUAACAGACAGUUGUGGGCCAACAUGUGGGUGCUGAGAAUUAAAUCCAGGUCCUCUGAAAGAGCAGCCAGCGCUCUUAACCAUGGAGACAUCUCUCCAGCCCUUAUAACCCAGCUUUUCAUGUGGAUGGCUGGAGAGUCAACGCAUGUCCUCAUCUUUACACCACCAGGGGUUUACCAACCAAGCUGUUGCCCUGUUUCCCCUCCCCCCCAAAUAUUUUAAAGCCAGGCACAUUUCACCCCUAGAAGUAUAUGUUCUUUUUCUUUUUCCUUAAAUCAACUAAAGGAGCUAGGUGGUGAUGGCACAUGCCUUUAAUCCCAGCACCUGGGAGGCAGAGGCAGGUAGAUCCUCUGUGAGUUCCAGGACAGCCUGGGCUACAUAGAGACCCUGUCUUGAAAAGCAAAACAAACAAACAAACAAACAAAUCAGCUAAAGGCUGGUUAUGGUAGCCUGUGCCUGUAAUCCUGGCACUUAGAGGCGAAGGGUUUGAGUUUGAGGCUAGCUAGGGUCACAUAGUGAGUUCUAGGCCAUCCAGGGUUACAGAGUCAUUUUCAGGUCAGCUAGGGCUCCGUACUGAAAUUGAAAACCUGUCCAAUAAUAAUAAUAAUAAUAAUAAUAAUAAUAAUAAUAAUAAUAAUAAUAAUUAACUAAAGAUGAGGUAUGUUUCUGUGUUCUACCUACGUGUGAUCUCAUUACUCAGGAAGCUGAGGCAGGAGGGUUGAGAAUUGGAGAUCAGCCUGAGCUGCAUCUUGAGACCCUGCCUCGGUAUUUUAAGAUUCUGAGCUGUAUUUCAUGUUUCUUUGCUUGCUUGCUUGCCUGAUUUUGAAAGAGAGGGUCUUACUCUGUAGCUCAGUCAAACCUCGAAGUAUUGAUUCCCCUGUCUCAGCCUCACAUUGCAGGUGAGGGCUGUUUGAAACUGUUUGAAAGCAGCAAACAGGGCUGGGUAGCUGUGUCUUCUGGGCCCCCAGCUCAGCCUCCGGAGGGGGUCAGCACCUGCAUUUGGAAUCACCUCUCACACGGGCCUUCCUGGGCUCCUGCUGGUGAGCUAAUGCCCUUCUCACACCUCUCUCUGCCACAACAGCAUUGGCCUGAGUGAUCCUAGGUUCAGUCAGAUGCCUGGAAGAAGAGCCAUCUUUCCAUGGCUCUCACAGGCCUUCCAGGCCUGACAACCAUGGCAUGCCUUCUCCUUGGUUAUUCUUGGACUCUCGUGGGGCCCUUUUAACUCCUCGGCCAGUCCCCACAAGGAGUCAGGCUUUGUCCUUCUUGUGUCACGGCUAGAGACUCUGAGGCCGCAACCUGGGGUCUAGGGGCUCAGCCUGGAACCCAGGACCUUGUCCUGAAGUUUCUAUCUGUUUUCCCUUUGCCGCUAAGGCCUGUUCUUCCUGCAGCUUUCUUUGUAGCUAAUAGCCGGGGACCAGGGAACUGGGAGUCACCUGGACUCAGGCUUCCUGUCACCAUGUGGGACAGAUGAGGUCAAAACUGGGGUCUGAGGCAGUGAGGUAAGACGCAGAAACCCAGCUUGUCCAGGGGGCCUGAGGUUGGAGCCCCAUGAUGUUCAUACCUAGUCUGGAGAUUGCUCAGGUUGUGAUGUACCCAUCAAGACAGGAUAUCUGAGAUGCUUGGUCCUGGGUGAGAGGUAGAUGCUCUGGAGUAGGAAGGAAACGGGUUAGUCCAGGUUCCCCACACUGAGUAAACUGCUAAAGCCUGAUUGCAGUUGCUUCCCAAAAAAGGUGGAAAUGGGUAGGGGGUGGGUAGCCAGGCUCCUGAGGAGCCCCCAACCAAGAGCCGUGUGAAGGGUCCGGCCCUGGACAGUGUUCUUGGUCCCUCAGGUCAAUUUUCUCCUUGUUUUUCAUGUGGUUUGACCCUCAAUGGAUGAUAGCCCCCCUCUGAGAAAGGUAGCAAGGUCACUGAGAAGUGGGAGUCCGAAACUCGGGCCGGAACUGGGGUGCAAGGUAUCUCCGUUCUCUUUCCGGCUCAGCCCUCAUCAUGGCACCAUGAGAUGCCUUUCCUCUUCAAGCAGUGAGCCAUUCCUAGGAGUUUUGAACUCUGUGGCUCUUAGCAGACAGCCAGGGAAUAGAGAGGUUCUUUCUAGAAAGUGCUUUUGGAUUUGGUCUCUUUGCUGUCAUGAAUGCACACACAUCCAAUGUGGCUCUUCAGAGUAGAGCUUGCGUCAUAGGUCACCACCACAGACUGUCCCUGCACUCGCCGUAACAAACCACAAGGCCCGAGGUUAUUAGUUCUUCUCCUUUCCACAGAGUGCAUGGUGUCCAAACCUGUGGUUACCAGGGGCGUGAGGCGCCGAAGGUCUUAACUGCUCGCAAGCGUGUAGGCCAGGGCAGAGGGGAAAUGCAAGUUGAUUCCCGGGAUGCAGGGGAUCUCUGGGCCUGACUGCCUCUUCAAGUCUGGUUUCUGUUGCUGUGGUAAACACCAUGACCAAAAGCAACGUGGAGGAGGCAAGGGUUUAUUUGGCUUACCGUUCCAUGCCAUGGUGCAGCCAUUAUUGAGGGAAGUCACGGAAGGAAGUCAAGCGGGAACCUGGAGGCGGAAACCUCCAGUUUGGAGGAGCGCUGCUUACCAGCUCUCUCUGCCCCGCUCAGACACAUUCCUUGUACAAGCCAGGACCACCUGCCUAGGAGUGGCAUUGCUCUCCUGCAUCAGUUAGCAUUAAAAAAAAAAAAAAAAACAAAGCCUCACAGACGUGCCCACGGGCCGGUCUGACAGAGGUGAUCCUUCAGCUGAGAUGUCCUCUUCCCAGGUAUGUCGGGUUGACAACCAAGAUUAACUCUUACACAGGGACCAUACUAAGAGUCAGUGCAGAAACCUCUCAGGACCGGGGCCCCCAGAAGAAAGGGGAUCCCAAGACACCCAGAAUGAAGACUAUUCCUAGGAAGAGGAGGCAGCUUCUGGGAUAGGUGUUCCUUGGGGAUCACAAACCUUGAGAAAUAUUCAUGUCUUAGGCAGGGAGUCGGGAGAGGAUCAUUGUGUGUGAUUCAUCAGUGCCAAAGGGGGCCUCAUGUGCCUUAGGAGAUGUUGUUGCAGGUAAUGAUGGCUGAUACACACCACCAUCGAUACCACGCAUAAUUAAUGCUGUGCUGAGGUGUGGGGACACUGUGGGUGCAUGGGAAGUGAGGAGAACAGAUGGAUCAGCCCCGUCACGACACGGGCUUGGGCAGACCUCCAAAGGUGACUGAACUAAUGGGUGGGGUGGCAUGUCCACACAGAACUGUGUACUGAGGCGUGGGUGCCAAUGUAUGAUGGGCCACUGGUUGGAGUCCCUUUCUACCUGGAGCUGCUCGCUCAGUAUAGGUCCAGAAAGCAGCACCAAUACUCCCUUCAGGAAGUAGCCUUCAGGUCUGGUCUGAGGAGCAUAGCCACUAAAUGCUGCCUGUAGAAAGCCCUCAGUUUCCUUGACCCUUCCGGGAAGGCCUUCCGUCCCUUGGGCCCCGAGCUGGCAUGGCAAAGGGUGUUCACUGUGGACAGGUGGCCUAAGAACUCCCAUCUGCUUCCCCUGCCCAGCCUGCCUGGGUCUGUCUGUUGCCAAUCAACCCAAGCUCCUGUUGUAGUUUCGUGGGUUCUGAGUGGGCUUAGGAGCCUGGGAGAGGUGGCCAUUUCCAAAGAAGAGAUUUCUGGCCCUGCUUAUCUCAGAGAGGCUUAGUGGGUCUUUUUUCUUGGACAAUCAAGGUGGCCAGACACAGAAUGGAGCAGCUGGAGGAGAGGACCCUACACUGGGGGCCUUGGGGUGUGCAUCUCCCCUACUUCACAGCUCCUACCAGAUCUCUCCUGACCUGCGGCCACAGCCCAAUCCUUUCCCACUGUGAAAACGGUUCCUGUUCAUGACAGUUACUCUAUGCUUCUCCAGGUCUGCUCUCCCCAGCUCUCUCCUGCCCUCCCUUGACACAUGCUCCCACUUCUGGCCCUGCGCACCUUUCAGCCUGCUUUCCCCCUCUCAGGCUGUUGGGAGUGUGCUCUGACUGCCCAGGGAAGAUGGUAUCUGACCACAUGAGGGAGGGCUGAGGGCAUUGUGGGGUGAGCUGGGGCUUCCUUGGGUUCUUGUUGUGCACUGUGUCCAAGCAGCCGGGUAGCUAGCUGAGUCAUGCAGUAGCUGGCCACAGAAGCUGGAGAUCCCACUCAGCCAGCCUGGAGCAGCAGGGAGCUUGGCCCCUCCAGAGGCAGUAGCCCUUCUUCCCCAUCCACCCCCCGCCCCCCUCCCAGACACACCUUCACCUCUCUUCUUUCUACAGGCGGGUCCCAAGUUAGCCUGGGUACCCGCUGCCCCAGUCCCCCUGGCACAGGUGAAAGUCAGGCCAGAGAGAGAUGAGUUGGUGGCGGAUUGGGAUGAGGGGUGGAAACAGCCAGGGAAAGGUGAGACCUGAGGGUUUGAAGAAGUGGGGAUGUGGCUGGGCUAGAGAGUUAGAAGGAGGGGGCAGGGUCCCAGGGAAGGGACAAAGUUAGGUCUCCAGAAGAAAGAGGAUAGGAAAGGCAUCUUUGGAUCUAGGCUAGGAGAGAUAUAUGUUCUUGUUUGCAAGUCAUUCGAUUCUCUUAGGGGCCCUUCAGGGAAGAACGCUGUUUCUCACGCAUGAGAUGGCUUUCUCUGGGUCUUCCCUGCUGGCCUGGACCGUCUGCUGUCACUCAUCUGGAAGACUGGGUUGCAGUGGACUUUCUGUUGCUGCCUAGGUCUAGGAUAGAAGUCUGAAGCUGUCUUUCCUUAACUCCCGGGGUGAGGGUGGGGGCCAGUCACCGGAUCUACCAAGUCUGUAGUGAUUCCACACAGCAGGGGAGACCUGAAAGGCCAGAAGAUCUUAGUCAGCUGUCCCAAAGCUUGGGAAGACAGGACACACAAAAGGAGGGGAAAAAUAGUGGUAGCAACGUGUGACCUGUGCUAAAUGAGAGAAACGUGACUCAUGAGUUCAUCCUGUCACUCGGAAUCAUUAAUGAACCCCAUCCCUGUGAACCACUGUCCUAGGCCACUGAGGAAAAAUAACCAAGCUUUCCCCAGGAUUCUGUGUCUAUUGAGUGUCUACCUUACGCCAUGUUACGGUAUUCUAAGUCCUAGGAUGAUGAGCAAUGACGAACCAAAGGCCAACCAGGCAUGGUCCUGCUCUUCGACAAGCUUACAAUGUUGUGAGCAUCCAACAUGGAGUCCGGGAGGAAGGGCUGGCUGCUUCACACUGGCCCAGGUGCAGCCGGGCUUUGAGCAGUAGGUGAAGUUUGGGAAAGCAGAGUGUAGGGGUGAGGCCAGCAUUGGCAGGAGAUGCUGUGAGCCAGAGACGAGGGGAUAAAAGGUUCUGGGUUUAUUAGGGGAUAAAAGGCACUGCCUGAGUAGUCGGUGGCUUUAUUCACACGGAGGAGACCAAGGUGAUGUGGGUGUUCAUGGGAAAAUGCCCGAAGGAGGCUUCCCAGAGAACUUUCCCCACUCCUGCACGAUGUCAUGGGGCUACCCUAUGGAGCCUCCCAAAUGCUAAGACACCCGGGCAGGCCUUCCCAAAGUUCUGAACAGAGUCCGUCCUCUGUUCCUGGCAUCCUCUGGCGCUGGCGGUAGCAAUGCUGAGUGAGGGGUGGUGGCAGCUCUUACGUGGCUGCUCCUCGUUUGCUGUGGCUGAAGCCACGGGCCUCAGGUAGAGUGCCCCACCUUGGGCUCUCCUAAUCCCUGCACCAUCGAGGCAGUGGCCUCAGGAAGCCAGUACACCAGAACCAGGGAAGACGGGCCUCUCAUGGGCCAGGGAUGUGUUGCCAAUGGAGGCCCACACUCAACCAGAAUGAUUUCUUGCGUAGCAUGGGAACAGGAGUGAGGGCGCCAAAUCCUGGCAUUUGUUUACUAUGGGUGGCAUCUGGAUGCACAGUCACCUCUGGAGGGCCACAGCAGGCCUGGCCCGACUCUUCUUCAUAUUCAUCUCACGGUCAGUGUUAGAAUGACACCUCUUAGUGACAACGUCCCAUGAGUUCUUCCCUUGCCCAGUGGGAGCCCCUUCCAAAGGAGGUGAUUUCCUGAGUGUUGGUGGGGAAAUGGAGCAUUGGCCUUAACAGGACUAGACUCCAGCCUCUGUCUGCCCCUUGCUGGGUGACUCUAGGCAGUCCUCUUCACAUUGGGACCUCACUUAGCUCAUCUGGGGUAAAGGACAGCCAUAACUAGCAUCCAGGGCAGGUGGACUGGGAGCUGAGUGGGUUUUGUUGCAUGCAUGCACCACAGAUGUUAAGGUUAUGAUUCCUAUGGUUGCAUCAGACCACGGACCACAUUUCCUGCCUCUCCCAUUGGUCCUUUGCUGGGGAAUCUUCCCAUUCCCAGUCAGUGCCAGACCCUGAGGACAGCUGUGGCUGCUCUGUGAGGGGAUGCCUGAAGAAGGCCCCUGUGGGGCGUUUCCCCCUCUCUCGUACUCUCAUCCUUUCCCUUCCCUAGGACUCCCCUCCCCCAGGACCCCCCCUCUUCCGGCAGCUCCACCUUCCAGCGUCUCAGCAUCCCUGACUGCUGAGCCCAGCCUGGCCAGCUGGCGGUGCUGGCCCAGUCCCUGGUCUGCUGGUGAGCUAUAAAUAGCUCCUGCACCCACGGCCUUGGCAAGGUGCUCCUGGCGUGGGUGCAGAGGACACUGGAGAAGAAGCAGCUGAGGCUGCUGUCCUUGCCAGGCCAGGCCCACAGCUGGCUCGAAUGGGAAGCAGGAGUCUGCACCACAAGCUCAUGGGCCUGGCUGCCCCGCCCUCCGGCCAGACACGCCAGGCUCUCAGUCCCAGCCCAUGGAUCUGCGAGUGGGCCAGCGGCCCCCAGUGGAGCCCCCGCCGGAGCCCGCGCUGCUGGCCCUGCAGCAUCCCCAGCGCCUGCACCGCCGUCUCUUCCUGGCGGGCCUGCAACAGCCACAGCGCCCAGCGGAGCCCAUGAGGCUCCCAAUGGACGCACCCAUGCCGGAGCUGCAGGGGGGCCCGCAGGAGCAGGAGCUGCGGCAACUUCUCAAUAAAGACAAGAGCAAGCGAAGUGCGGUAGCCAGCAGCGUGGUCAAGCAGAAGCUGGCUGAGGUGAUCCUGAAGAAGCAGCAGGCGGCCCUUGAGAGAACAGUCCAUCCCAGCAGCCCCAGUAUUCCCUACAGAACUCUUGAGCCCUUGGAUACAGAGGGUGCUGCCCGCUCCAUGCUUAGCAGCUUCCUGCCUCCAGUGACCAGCCUGCCCACUGAAGCCCCGGAACACUUUCCCCUGCGUAAAACAGUGUCUGAGCCCAACCUGAAGCUGCGCUAUAAGCCCAAGAAAUCCCUGGAGCGGCGCAAGAACCCCCUGCUUAGAAAGGAGAGUGCCCCGCCCAGCCUUCGGCGGCGGCCUGCGGAGACCCUUGGAGAUUCCUCCCCCAGUAGCAGCAGUACACCAGCCUCGGGGUGCAGCUCCCCCAAUGACAGCGAGCAUGGCCCCAACCCUGCCCUGGGCUCGGAGGCGCUCUUGGGCCAGCGGCUGCGGCUGCAGGAGACUUCUCUGGCCCCGUUCGCUUUGCCGACCAUGUCCUUGCUGCCCGCAAUCACACUGGGGCUGCCUGCCCCUGCCAGGGCUGAUGGUGACCGCAGGACCCAUUCGACUUUGGGCCCUCGGGGUCCUGUCCUGGGGAACACCCAUGCUCCGCUUUUCCUGCACCAUGGUCUGGAGCCAGAGGCUGGGAGCACCUUACCCUCUCGCCUGCAGCCCAUUCUCCUGCUGGAUCCCUCAGUCUCCCAUACCCCACUGUGGACUGUGCCUGGGCUUGGGCCCUUGCCCUUCCAUUUUGCCCAGCCCUUACUGACCACCGAGCGGCUCUCUGGGUCAGGCCUCCACCGGCCACUUAACCGGACCCGCUCAGAGCCCCUGCCCCCCAGCGCCACUGCCUCCCCUCUGCUGGGCCCCCUGCAGCCCCGCCAGGAUCGGCUCAAACCUCAUGUCCAGCUGAUCAAGCCAGCCAUCUCCCCUCCCCAGAGGCCUGCCAAACCCAGUGAGAAGCCCCGACUGCGUCAGAUACCCUCAGCAGAGGACCUAGAGACAGACGGUGGGGGAGCAGGGCCUGUGGCAAACGAUGGCCUGGAACAUAAGGAGUCAGGCCACGGGCCUCCCUCGGGCAGAUGCCCUGUUUCUCUGCAGCAGCACCAACAGGUGCCUCUCUGGGAGCAGCAGCAUCUCGCUGGGCGGCUCUCCCAGGGAAGCCCCGGGGACCCUGCGCUGCUACCUCUGGCCCAGGCAGGACACCGGCCCCUGUCCAGAACCCAGUCUUCCCCAGCGGCACCUGUCUCCCUGCUGAGCCCAGAGCCCACCUGUCAGACUAAAGUCCUCAACAGCUCAGAGACACCUGCCACAGGGCUGGUCUAUGAUUCAGUGAUGCUGAAACACCAGUGCUCCUGUGGAGAUAACAGCAAACACCCCGAGCAUGCAGGCCGCAUCCAGAGCAUCUGGUCCCGGCUGCAGGAGCGGGGUCUCCGCAGCCAGUGUGAGUGUCUCAGAGGCCGAAAGGCCUCCCUAGAGGAGCUGCAAUCAGUCCAUUCUGAAAGGCAUGUGCUCCUCUACGGCACCAACCCCCUCAGCCGCCUCAAACUGGAUAACGGGAAGCUGACAGGACUCCUGGCACAGCGGAUGUUUGUGAUGCUACCCUGUGGCGGGGUUGGGGUAGACACUGACACCAUCUGGAACGAGCUGCAUUCCUCCAAUGCAGCCCGCUGGGCCGCGGGCAGCGUCACCGACCUUGCCUUCAAAGUAGCUUCCCGAGAGCUAAAGAACGGUUUUGCUGUGGUGCGGCCCCCAGGACACCACGCAGAUCAUUCCACAGCCAUGGGCUUCUGCUUCUUCAACUCCGUGGCCAUCGCCUGCCGACAGCUACGAGAGCAAGGCAAGGCCAGCAAGAUCCUCAUUGUUGACUGGGAUGUUCACCAUGGCAACGGCACACAGCAAACUUUCUACCAGGACCCCAGCGUGCUCUACAUUUCCCUGCAUCGCCAUGAUGGCGGCAACUUCUUCCCAGGCAGUGGGGCUGUGGAUGAGGUGGGGACCGGCAAUGGUGAAGGCUUCAAUGUCAAUGUGGCUUGGGCUGGGGGCUUGGAUCCACCCAUGGGGGAUCCUGAGUACCUGGCUGCCUUCAGGAUAGUGGUGAUGCCCAUCGCCCGAGAGUUCGCUCCGGACCUGGUCCUGGUGUCCGCCGGGUUUGAUGCUGCCGAGGGUCACCCAGCCCCGCUGGGUGGCUACCAUGUUUCUGCCAAAUGUUUCGGGUACAUGACACAGCAGCUAAUGACCUUGGCAGGAGGCGCGGUGGUGUUGGCCUUAGAGGGUGGUCAUGACCUCACAGCCAUCUGUGAUGCCUCAGAGGCCUGUGUGGCUGCUCUUCUGGGCAACAAGGUGGAUCCCCUUUCAGAAGAAGGCUGGAAACAGAAACCCAACCCCAAUGCCAUCCGCUCUCUGGAAGCUGUGAUCAGGGUGCACAGGAAAUACUGGGGCUGCAUGCAGCACUUGGCCUCCCGUCCAGAUUCUUGGCUGCCCAGAAUGCCAGGGGCUGAUGCAGAAGUGGAAGCCGUGACCGCACUGGCGUCCCUCUCCGUGGGCAUCCUGGCUGAAGACAGGCCCUCAGAGCAGCUGGUGGAAGAGGAAGAACCUAUGAAUCUCUAGGACGUCAGGACAGAUCACCUACCCUUCAGACGUGGCUUUCCUCACCUGUCAACCCUGUUCCUGGGUCUGCAGAGACCCUCUGGGCAGGUAGUCAGGUCCAGAGCACAACCUACCCUGACAGCUACCCCAGGGAACUUGAGAAGGCCACUGGGUCUGGGAUGGGGACCAGGAGGGAUCCUGGGAGGAGGCAGGCUGGGCACUAGGGCUCAGCUGGACUCUUCUAGAACAGACCCAGCCCUCUGGUGUCCAGGCCCCUAGCUGUGGCCUCCAUCCCUCAGGACUGCACAGAGGAGGGCUGCUUCAGGUGGGCCCACCACUACCACUAUUCUUAACUUGGAAGACCCCAGGUUUUGCACACCGCCCCAGGCUCCAUACAGAAAUGUGAACUUGGCCUCAGCCAGGGCGGCCCUUCCCAGGUUCUGAAGGGCUAGGGGAAGAGGAGGAGCCACGGGUCCCCUAUUCCUGAGUACAGGAGAGUCCCUCUCACCUCCUCCUCAGUUGUCCUCUGGUAGUACUUCUGGGCUCAGAGAGCCAUUCUGAGCUGUUCUCUCCCUGUGAGUAGUCAGUCACCAGCAAGCCUCCCAUCUGGUCACUGUUCUGCCAGAGGCCACCCUAUGUGGACCAUCUCAGUGCCCUGGUGCAGCAGACAGGUGCUCUCCGAGUCCUGUGCUUCCUGACCCAAUGGUGCCAAACCUUCAUCUCCCCUUAAAAGCACAACACAGUCCCAGGGAUGCCUGGCCAUUGCUCCCAGUGUGAGCCUGCCUUCUGUUUCUGGGGUUUCCCCCACCUCAGCUCUGACUGCUGCUCCACAUAGGACUAGCUUGGCAGAGGCGGGAUAAGGUAGGGGAGUAGAAAAACAUGGAGGCGGGGAGGCCCCCCCCCAGAAGUCUUCAAGGCUUUUGCGGUCUAGGCCUGGGGCCAAGAAAGAGUAUUUGUGCGUAUGUGUGUGCGCGUGUGCGUGCAAGAGUGUGUGCGUGUAUGUCUUCCCAAGACCUGCCAUACCUUGUGUAUGUAUGCAUGUUUUUGUAAAAAAGGAAAAAAAAAGGGAAAAAAAAAAACCUGAACAAUAAAUGUUUUAUUUGCUUUAAAGGCCCUGUGAGUACGCCUCCUGGAUGUUAGUGAGACAUCAUCAGUGGGGUGGGUGUGCACCCGGCACCCUGCAAUGGGCUGAGAAAGGGGGCAAGUUUGGGCCGAACUCAGACUCUCUAGUCCCUUACCCUCCCACGGCUACUGCAUGCAGGAAGACCCCACUCCAAAUAUAUGCUUACCACCAACCCAGGUGAAAAAGGAGAUGAUGCCGGGCUGAGCCCUACAGACUGGGCCCUGUGGGAUAUGGGACAAGUUCUCAGGCUCCAUUUGCCAAGACACUCCAAAAGGUCAUGAAGCACACACCUGGGCUUCAGUCCUGCUGUGUCUGUAGUCGUUGCCUCCUGGAUCUUUCAGUAAAUGGCCCUAGAUGUGGACAUGGCUUCUGGUUCCUUACCAUGACGUUUUAAGCAUAUAUUGUAAAGUAAAAGGAUGGAUGAGACAAGAGGCCAGAAAAAACGUGCCCAGAAUAACCAGGGGUCGGGGGGUAGGGAGGUAUUGCCAGCUCCUGUCUUUCUGGUUCUAAGUCUGCCCAGCCUGGUCACCAUAUACCUUGGAGCCCCAAGCAGUCUGUUUGGAGUAGGAGGGGGGAACAAAAAAAGAUUCCCUUUCUCUGACCUAGGGGGUGGACAUGGAAUCUGCAGGGGAUGCUGAGGCUGUGAGCAUCCUAGCCCCAUAGGGCAGGGCUGGGGGAGCAAAGGAGGUCUGAGUUAGUGGUCUCCUCAUGCCAAGAGGGCAGGCUGCCCGCUUGCCCAGAGCUUACCUUAGAGAUAUAAUCAGACAGGUAGAGCCCCCACCUCGCCCACUCAUACAGUCCCCUCUCAAGACGCCCCCCCCC